AUGGAUAACACAAAGGACAAGAAUGAUGAUUACAAAGAUGAUCUUCUGCUUAGGGUGGGACUUAAUGAUAAUAAAGCAGGAAUGGAAGGACUAGAUAAAGAAAAAAUUAACAAAAUUAUAAUGGAAGCCACAAAGGGGUCCAGAUUUUAUGGAAAUGAGCUCAAGAAGGAAAAGCAAGUCAACCAACGAAUUAAAAAUAUGAUGCAACAAAAGGCACAGAUUACCUCCCAGCAGCUGAGGAAAGCACAAUUACAGGUUGACAGAUUUGCAAUGGAAUUAGAACAGAGCCGGGAUUUGGAGAAUACCAUAGUGCAUAUUGACAUGGAUGCUUUCUAUGCAGCUGUGGAAAUGAGGGACAAUCCAGAACUGAAGAAUAAACCCAUGGCUGUAGGAUCCAUGAGCAUGCUCACUACUUCAAAUUACCAUGCAAGGAGGUUUGGUGUUCGUGCAGCCAUGCCAGGAUUUAUUGCUAAGAGACUCUGCCCACAACUUAUUAUAGUACCCCCAAACUUUGACAAAUAUCGAGCUGUGAGUAAAGAGGUUAAGGAAAUACUUGCCAAUUAUGACCCCAAUUUUAUGGCUAUGAGUCUUGAUGAGGCCUACUUGAAUAUAACAAAGCACUUACAGGAAAGACAGACUUGGUCAGAGGACAAAAGAAGGUAUUUCAUUCAAACAGGAAGCUCUGCAGAACACGAUAAACCAAAAGAGAAAGUUAAUAAAUUAAGUGAAUGUGAACUAUCCAACUCUCCGCUACUUUUUGAAGAUGGUCCUCCUGAUUUACAGUCUCAAGGAAUUCCUUGCCAAGUGAACUUGGUGGAACAGAACGAUCUUCAAGUACUCCAGAACUCAGUUGUUUUUGGAACAUCAGCUGAGGAAGUGGUAAAAGAAAUACGUUUCAGAAUUGAGCAAAAAACAACAUUGACAGCCAGUGCAGGCAUUGCUCCAAAUACAAUGUUAGCAAAAGUAUGCAGUGAUAAGAAGAAACCAAAUGGGCAAUACCAGAUUCUCCCCAACAGACAAGCCGUGAUGAAUUUUAUCAAGGAUUUACCCAUUAGAAAGAUUUCUGGAAUAGGAAAAGUUACAGAAAAAAUGUUAAAGGCCCUUGGGAUUACUACUUGCACAGAACUCUACCAACACAGGGCAUUAAUUUCUCUCCUUUUCUCUGAAACAUCUUGGCGUUAUUUCCUUCAUAUCUCCUUGGGACUGGGCUCAACGCAGCUGGAGAGGACAUUCAGUGAGAUAAGUAAAGCAGAAGAACAGUACAGCUUGUGUCAAGAACUUUGUGGUGAACUUGCUCAAGAUCUCCAGAAAGAAGGACUUAAGGGUAGAACUGUUACCAUUAAGCUGAAGAAUGUGAAUUUUGAAGUAAAAACUCGUGCAUCUACAGUUUCAUCUGUUGUUUCCACUGCAGAAGAAAUAUUUGCCAUUGCUAAGGAAUUGCUUAAAACAGAAAUUGAUGCUGAUUUUCCACAUCCCUUGAGAUUAAGACUUAUGGGUGUGCGGAUAUCUAGUUUUCCCAAUGAAGAAGACAGGAAACAGCAACAAAGAAGUAUCAUUGGCUUCUUACAAGCUCGAAACCAACCCCUGGCAGCCACUGGAUGUACACUAGAGAAAAAUGACAAAGAUCAGUUUCUAAAACCUCUGGAAACAGCUCACAAGACGAGUUUCUUCGAUAGAAAAAGAUCAGAAAUGGAACAGAACCGCAAAGACACAUUGAAAUGUGAAACUGUGAAUAAGCAGAGUUUAAAUACAUUGCAGCCAUUCCAAGUUUUAAAGAACAAUGAGAACCUGGAAACUUCAAAGAAUUCUGUUAACUGUCAGCUGUUUACCUGCCCUGUUUGCUUUAGGGAGCAAGAAAACAUAGCUCUGGAAGCCUUUAAUAGACAUGUGGAUGCGUGUCUAGGUGGACCUUCAGUCAGUGAUGAUUAUGCUUCUUCCACAGAAGGUAGCAAGAAAGAAAAUGUACCUCAGUCUCUUCCUCUCUCUGAGAGGCAGGGUUCUGAAACCCAUCUGGAGAAUAUGGAAAUCACUUCAGCAGACUGUGUAGAUUUGGUAGAGACUGUAAGUAACUUAUCCAAAGAAGAAAGUAUAGCUGCUUUAGGUGAUAAGUACAACAAAGAGGAAGGCAAGUCUUUUAAUACUGAUCUGAGUUCUUCUUGUCCUCUUUCAUUGGAGAAUGAAGCUGGUAUGGCUUUAAGUAGGCAAGAAUCCCUCCAGCCUUAUUUACAAGAGAAGAUAAAAGACCAAGCUCUAGUUUGCCCUGUUUGUAACCGAGAACAAAAGACUUCGGAUCUUUCUGUAUUCAAUAUGCAUGUGGAUGUGUGCUUAAAUAAAGGUCUUAUUAAGGAACUGAGGAAGGACGAAAUUGAUCCUGUUAACCAACCCAAAGAGAGUUCAAGUAGUACUGGUAGUGCAGGCAGAGGGCAGAAGACUGGAACAAAAACUAAAAGGCCAGGACUGAUACCAAAAUCUUCAAGACCAAAGAAAAUAAAGCCGAGCAAUUCCAGACACACCCUUGAUCUAUUUUUCAAAUGA